AUGGAGCGGGAGCACAGGGGGCACAGCCCGGGCCCCCCUGAGGCCGAAGUCAAGGCUGUCAUCGUGGGGGACGGGAGCUGCGGAAAAACGUCUCUGCUGGUGGCCUUCGCCAGGGGGGACUUCCCCAAGGUCUACGUCCCCACCGUGUUCGAGAAGUACACGGCCUCCCUCCAGGUUGGCGGCAAGCCCGUGAAGAUCCACCUCUGGGACACGGCAGGACAGGAAGACUACGACAGGCUUCGCCCACUGUCCUACUCGGACGCCAACGUUGUCCUCAUCUGCUUUGAUGUCACCAACCCCAUCAGCUACGACAACAUCCUUACCAAGUGGUACCCGGAGGUGACCCACUUCUGCAAGGGCGUCCCGGUGCUGCUGGUGGGCUGCAAGACCGACCUGCGGUGGGACCGGGCGACCGUCCUGCGGUGGGACCGGGCGGUGCUGCGCAAGCUGCAGGAGGGACGCCUGGAGCCCAUCUCCUACCAGCAGGGAGAGGCCAUGGCCCGGCAGGUCCACGCCGUGUCCUACUUGGAGUGCUCGGCCAGGUACCAGGAGAACGUCGGGGACAUCUUUGCGGAGGCCUGCAGUGCCGCCCUCAGCGCCGCCCGCGGAGCCAACGCCCCCCGCAAGCCGGCCCUGCGGGGCUGGCGCUGCCGGCCGCCAUGGGGUGCCAGCAGGAGGGCAUCCCCCCGAGCACGAAGAAACUGUCCCGCCAGGGAACCCAGCGUCCGAGCGUCCUCUGCCAGCCUGCCCGCACCAAGCCCCGCGGGCGGAUGGGGUCUGAGAGCAGAGAACUGA